AUGGGGGAAAAUGAGGAGCUGCUGGUUCCUGCUCUGCCAGAGAAAGCUUAUAUACAGAGGGGCUACGUGACUCCUCAGCAGGUUUACAACCUGUUGAACGCAGAAGCCGGUGAACCCGCCCUCCACGACCCACACUACAUCCUCAUCCUGGACUGUCGGUCCGCAGACAGGUAUAAACAAAGUCACCUGGUGACCGCCCGCGCGAGUGUGACUGUAAUUCACCCCGAGCUGGGUUGUUUAAUAAGCUGUGUCCAGCUACAGGAGUUCUCCAUCAUCCUGCUUUAUGCAGAGGAAGGACACGGACCAGUAGGUAGCCAUGAGGCACGUGCCGACAACCCCACCUUACAACACUGUUUCUACCAACUGAGUGCCCUUGGCAUGGACCCAGUGAUCUUGCUGGGUGGCUACUCUGCCUUCCACUCACUUUACCCCUUCCUGUGCACACCUCGCAUGGUCCUGCUCGAGUCUGAGCGCCGCCUUCUCACCAUCUAUCCCUCCGAGAUCCUGGAAGACGAGCUGUACCAGGGUUCGGCCCUGCAAGCACACGACUACCGCAUCAUCAAGAACCUGCACAUCACACACGUGGUCAACGCCACAGCCGAGGUCUCAGACGCGUUCCCCAACGUCCUGUGUUACCUGCGCUUACGGCUGAGCGAUGACGCCCAGCAGGACCUUCGUCAGGCGCUUCCGGAAGCUUCCCGCUUCAUAGCCGUGGCCCUGAGGGGCUCCCCGGGAUCACCCGGAGGGCGUGUGCUGGUGCACUGCAGCAUGGGACGAAGCCGCAGCUCGGUUUUAACCCUGGCCUUCCUGAUGGAACAGCGUAGCUGGUCUUUGCUUCAUGCUUUCCGCUGGCUCAAAGAGAGGCGCUCCUGCGCGGCGCCGAAUGCUGGGUUUCUUCGACAACUUUCAGAAUAUGAGGAGCAACUUUUUGGAAGGCGUCUGACCUCAUUGGAUGACAUCCGUCUCUAAGUGACUUCAACUGUACAUUUGAAGCAGAUUCCUCCUUAAUUAAAUAAUGAUUCUGCAGAGCACAUGUUGGAAAUCUUCUUGCAUUAAUGAUUUAUAUAAAUUUAUUGCCACAACUUAAUUGUAAAUAAUAUUUUCAACA